ACCCGCUGACUCGUCCUGUGUUUUGUUGCACCACAUUUCUCUCUGCCCCCAAAUCAUCUUCACCUGCCUACAACAAGAACACUGUUAUUUCUCCAUAGCCUCCAUGAUCUCGAUAUAGAAAACUCUGUUAAGCUUUAGUGAAAUGGCAGCUGUGGAUUUUCAGCCGAAGAAAUCUGCCAAGUACGAGUAUCUUGACCACACGGCUGAUGUCCAACUUCAUGCUUGGGGUGAUGACUUGAAGGAAGCCUUUGAACAGGUUGCUGUCGCAAUGUUUGGAUACAUGACUGACCUUGAGACAGUGGAGAUCAAGAGAGAGGAGCUUAUUGAAGCAGAAGGUGAGGAUGUGAUAAAUUUACUCUUUCAUUUUUUGGAUGAGGCUCUGUUCUUGAUGUGUGGAGACCCUUACUUUAUUGUCAAGGAAGUUGAAGUUGUAGAAUUUGAUAAGGAGAACUUUAAAAUCAAAGCAAAAGCGAGAGGAGAAGAGUUUGAUCUUGAAAAGCAUCCACAGGGAACUGAGGUCAAGGCAAUUACCUACUCCAAUAUGCAAGUACAUGAUAACGAAGGAAAGGCUGAGGUCUAUGUUAUCAUUGAUAUUUAAGAUGAAUUUCAAUUUUACUGUUUUCUUGUAUUGCUCUGCUGGCAACUUAAUAGAGAGACGUUCGAGGCUCUGGAACCAGGGUAUAGCAAAAAUGGCAGAAGCAAAAACCAUUUGGGGGGGGGCUUUGUCACAAAACUAUGCUAUGGGCUAAUAAUCACUGUUUUUUUUGUUAACAAGCAUCCUGUUUCUGUCAUCAAUGCAUAACAGUUAUUUAAAAUAAGGUAGAAAAGUUUCAUUCACAUAAAAUAAAGUUUGUUGGCUGUGUAACAUAUUUGGUAGAGGGUGGGCUAAAGUAAAAAAGUAUCAGAGGAAGCUGAAUUACAAAAGCUUGCCGAUGUUUAUUGUAGGAAGCUUUUCAAUUUUUACAUCCUUAGUUUGAUGUGCAAUGCUUCAACAAAUUUAAGAAUAUGUAUAACAACAAAAAAAGUUGUAAAUAUUUGUACUAGUUUUACAAUAACAUAUUGAAUAUAUUGUAAAGGAAAAGAGAAAAAACAAUAGCCAUAAGGAUUUUUUGUGUGCUAUACAGUCUGGUUCAGAGUGACAGUACAAUUUCUUAGGUUUUUAGACUCUGUAAAGUAUUUACCACACAGGGGCAUUGUAAUAGUUUCUUAUCAAGUUGUGUGAUGUUGCCUGCUUUUGGAAAGCCAUUGACAGCUUCCUAAGCAUUAUUUGGUACAGAAUUCUAGCAAAAGUUUGAAUUUAUACUUUAAAAAAUGAUCACACUUUUACAUAAAAACAGAUGUAAAUAAAACAUGUUUCAGUUACAUAA